AUGUACCAAAUGCAAAGUAUUUUGACAGCAUGUUUUGCUCCAGACACUAAACACGCAGACGACUGGUUCAAAAACCAAAGCACACAAGAACUUUUGAGUGAAAUUUCUCUAGACCGACUUUUUUCGGUCUUGCAUAAAACACAUGAAAAUCGUAAAAAUUUGCCAAUAAAUUUAAGAGGAUAUUAUGUACAUAGACUUUUAGUAAAUGCAGUUGCAAUGUGGGCUUCGCCUCGUUAUGCAUGGCAUGUUUACAGACUUCUUGACGAAAUUCAUAGACAAGAACGUGAAGAGAUGGAAAAGAAACUUCAAGCAAAAGAUGAAGUCAUUGAAGCAAAAGACAAAAGCAUUCAGAAAAGAAUACCACGUUCGGUACCAAAAGGAAAGGAAAAGAACUAUAAGUAUAUGAUUUAUACUGAAGAGAUGAAAAAUGAAGAAGACAGAGAUAUGGUUAUGUUGCAUUUAGUCAGAAGAAACAACAAAAGCUUUUACGACCUUGCUAAGAUUUACAAAUCUGACAGAAAUUGGUUCUAUCGCGAAAACUUACCGAUUUCAAUGACCCCAAAUGAAGAUGUGAAACAAAUA